AUGGAGGUCCAGACAACAGGAUUGACACCGACACCAUCUGAUGCGACAUGGUCACCGGAAAGUGCGGACAUCGGAGCCUUUCCUGCUGUGCAUGGCUGGAAUACAGGAUUUGGAUUCCAAGGAGAUACUGAGUGGCGGAAUACAUCUCUAAGUCCAACGCCGCAACCGGUCUUUAACAAUCCAUUUGUUCAGCCCGAAGAGGAGGUCUGGAAUACGUUCACCAAUCUCGGUUCGCCUGAUUCAUCUGCCUCUGACACCUCGAGCCCGGGCGUUCUUCUACCGGGUUUCAUCCAGCCCCUUCCCAUGAUGAUGAAUCCUACGACGAUCGAAUAUCUUUACGUGAAUGGCGUGUUCAGUCUUCCGAGCCUCCAGUUGCAGAAUGCACUGCUGCAAUCAUUUGUCAACUGUGUCAUCCCCAACAUGCCGAUUAUCGAUUGGCCCGCUUUUAUCAGUGCUAUCUGCAACCGAGAUAGUGAUCACGGCUCCAUGAGUCUGCUCCUCUUCUAUGCCGUAAUGGUUUCGGCGACAACCUUCGUGGAUCUGGGUCAACUUCAGGAGGCGGGUUAUUCAAGUCGAAAAGAGGCCCAGGAAGCCUUCUAUACCAAAUCCAAGCUUCUAUACCAAUCGGAGUAUGAGCCCAACACUAUCACCGUGGUCCAGGCACUCCUCUUCAUGACAUACAGACUCGAAACAGCGGAUGGCGAUGACAGCCGUUACUGGUGCUCGAUUGCGACUUCGACAGCUCAGUCAAUCGGUCUCUUCCGAGAUAUCGCGGGAGUGAAAAACAUCCGACUCAACCCCAAGUUCUGGAAACGACUUGCUUGGACAUGCUACACGACCGACUGCCAGAUCGCGCUUAGACUCCGAUGUCGACCAACAAUCCAGAGCUCAAUCUUCUGCCACGAAAUGCUAACAGAAGAUGACUUCGAGCUCUAUAAUUUGUCUCCAGAAGUGCUGGUCCAAUCCCUCGGAUAUCCGUUAGCACACAGCAUCAAUAUCCAAAGAGAUCUAGCAACGAUGUCUAUCGCCAACGCACAAUUAUGUGUAUCGAUAAGCGAAGUCCUAGAUGUGCAAAGUAAGGGUCGUGCAAGACCAAACUCAUUCUCAUCACCAAUCGACAUGUCCGACCAUAACGCUAGAGUCUCAGCUGUUGAACUCAAACUAGCAGAAUGGGCAAGCACAUUUCCCUCCUCCAUUCAAACUUACUCCUUCGAAUCAACCAACAUCGACGAAGAAAACAUAAUCUCGCUACAGCGAAACCUCCUCCACAUGCAAUUCUACACUACCAUCGCCGUAUUCUACCAAUCCCAACCACUUCCCUCAUCAACAUUCUGCGUCCAAUACGCCGCACAGCAAAUCACUCAGAUUGCCUCUGAUCUAUACCAGAAGAAGCUUCAUCGUCGAUUACCGAUUAUCGGUGUAACAGCCAUCCUUGUCGCAUUAAUUAUCCACAUACCCGGAACGAAGAAAACAGACCCACAGGAAAGAGCCCAGGCGUUUCAAGCAUUCCAACUCGGGCUGGAGGUUAUUGCCGAGUUGCAAGAUGUUUAUCAGGAGGCGAAUCAAAUUACGACUUUGGCGUUUAAGAUGUUUGAAAACGGCCCCGAAGCUACGUUCUCUACACCUGUUAUUGAUAGUCCGCCGCAGCUUGAUUCGUGUUUCUCUAUGAAUGUGCCGCAGGUGAUGUGA